CUCUGAAAGGAUGCAAGGGAGCGCAGAAGUCAUUUUAACAACGAGAUGUGCAGGCAAGCUCAUGUGGAGGUUUGAUCGGAGGGGCCAGAUUUGAGGAGGUGUUGCGGAGUUCGAAGUUUCGAACACGGGCUGGCAAUUUUGUGACGACUGACUCGUGAACUAUGAAGGAACUUGCGCGCCCGUGCUUUCAGUGAAUUUGGAUAAUUAUGGUUUGCCACAGACAUUUAUCACCCAGCUGAGAUAUCAUUGAAUGCAUCUGAAUCGUGUGUGUGGGACCUUUAUUCACGACGUGAUGGAUACAAAUGCUUUGGCUGUGUUGAAACUUUUAGUUGUUGGAAUUUUGGUCUGUGUGAUUUUGUCUUUGACAGUGAACCCUUGGAUGACAAAAGGAUUGUCAGCCACCGAGAAUAUCAAUGUUGAGUCUAUACCACGAAGGCCUAGUGUGGCUCUGUGCAACGAGACCCAGCUGCUGUGGGAGAUGGAGAUGUGUGGGGAGGGCUUCAAGCAAGAGAUGGCCUAUGUGGAUCCCCAAAACUGGUGCAACUUAACACACUUCAUCAGUGAGUACCACCUCUUCUCGCAGUGCACAGAGACCAACGCCGAGCGCAUCAACUGCUACUGGCCCAACCCGCUGGUGGAAAGCUAUAUCAUACGCAUCCACAAGCACUUCUUCUUCAACUGCACCCUGCAGCAGGGGAUCUUGGUGGACCCGCCGGACGACACACUCACCAUCCUCAUCCUCAUCCCUGUCUUCCUCACCCUGGCUAUGAUCGCGCUGGUGGUGUGGUGCAGCAAGCGCAGCGACAUCCUGGCUUAGGAUGUUGGUUUGUUUGGUUCCCAUGUGACUGUCCAGUGUGGCUAUCCAGAGACCCGUGAACCUCUUUGAAUGAAAAUACUUUAUUGAUCCCCAGAGUUGAAAUUGGGUUAGUAAGGUUAGACAGGUAGCCUGGGAAGACAGGUAGGGAACCUAAGGUGGGAACUUUUGUUUGUUCAUUGUGUCAUUUCAGGAUUAUGGUGGAUUGAAGGGAUCAAAAGAAGCCACUUAACGCCUUUGAGGGAGAUGCAUCCUAUAUCCUUUUUUCUAGCUUCAGAGAUGUACUGUACCCAAGGACUCAAGGCACAGAGCUACGAGACAUUCAGAAUUGUUGAUCCUUGGUGUGAAAUGGGACAGAGGCCCAGGGACUGCCUCAACAUCAUCACUUAUCAGACACUGUUUAAGCUUUUGGGUAUAUAUUCUCGUGAAGAGUCUUCUCAAUGGGAGAACACGGACAAGUUGACACCUGAACAUGUACAAUACUUUUCUGUACCAGUGCCGUCUACUGAAUUUUCUGUCCUGUAUCGCCUGCCAUGCUUUCUCAACAGCAGUGUUCCUGGAACCAUUGCCUUCUUCACGCUUCCUCGUCUGUUGUUAUGUGUUGUCCCUAUCAGUUCAAGCUGCAAAGACGGAUACAACCAUUUAUUUCCCCAAAAUCUGAUUUUACCUUACCCUAACUCUGAUUGAACUUAUCUUAACCCCAACCUUAACCACACCCCUAACCUUAUGCCUAACCAAAACCUUAAAUUAAGACCAAAAUGCUAAUUUUCAUGUUCAUAAAUGUUCAUGAUAUUGGACAUUCGGAUUUUUGCAGCUUGGCCAUAGAAUGGGAACAAGCCCUAUAUGUUUCGCUUAGACUAUAGAACUUGGUUUGUUCCUUGCAGUGAAACAGUUGUUUGUGGGACGCCGGCGAGCACAACUGAAUUUUACUUCAUUAUUUAUCUUGUCUCUGGGUUGUCGUUGCAAUGCCCCAGAAGUUGUUAUCACUGAUUGCACUGCUCAUGUGGUGAAACCUCAGCAGGAAUUCUGCUCACUCUAAUUGUAAUAUAAUAUCACUGUUUAAUCGUUCCGGGGAGGUAGGAACAUAAAUUACUGUCAAGAUUACGGACUCGUUUUGAGAUCAUUUCGUUGUUCCAGAAGUAAACUUUUGGUAUUGGAGAGCUAUUGAAAUAUUUACUGUACUGCUAUUUAAUGUUUUAAUUAAAUUACUUAGAAUUA